UGACACAUAACCUUUCAAAGAAUAUGCGUCGCAGUUUAUUGUAUAACAAAUUUGUGAAUAUAAAUAAAUAAUACUACAAUGAGUGACAAAUUAGAAAACAUAAAUCCUAAGUUAUAUGAAAAAAUUGUUGAUCGUCAAGUGACUGCUGAUGAUGAAAAUGAGGAUAUUAUUGAUGAAUUCGAUGCUCGAGAAAUUUUUGAUUUAAUCAAAAAUAUCAAUGAUCCUGAACAUCCUCUUACCUUAGAACAACUUCACGUCGUUGAACAAGAUCUUAUUGACGUAGAUAACAAAAAAAAUACUGUUAAAGUAAACUUUACACCAACCAUUCCUCAUUGUAGUAUGGCUACAAUCAUUGGUUUAUCUAUCAGAGUUCAAUUGUUGAGAGCAUUACCAGCGAGGUUUAAGGUUAGUGUUGAAGUAUCUCCAGGAACACACAAUGCUGAAUCGGCAGUUAAUAAACAAUUAGCUGAUAAAGAAAGAGUUGCUGCAGCUUUAGAAAAUUCUCAUCUUGCCCAAGUAAUUAAUCAAUGUGUUAGUGUUAAAUUUUAAAUAAUUAAAUAUUAUUUACAUCUAUAAUAAUACAAAAUAAUUCUUAUAUUUU